AAGAUGAUUUUGUCAUGAUGCAGCCUCAAGAUCCUUCACCGCUUGGUUUUUCUAUAAUCUUUAGCUUGUCUUCAUUGCUUGUUCCUUAGGUGUACGAUGCAACUAUAAAUAAGAGGAAGCGGGUGUGUAGGUUCUUAAUUAAUUCUGCUUGCUGCAAAGACUUUGAAGAUGAAUACAAGAGCUUUUCUAGUGUGGUCACUUUUGUUAGCGGCUGUUUUUGCGGUCACGGUGGUUGCUUCCAUCGAUGACACGAAACAAGCUGGUGGAAACCAAGUAGAGGAGUCAAAGUCAUUAUGUAAGUACGGGAGCUGUGAACACGCUGGAGAGAUUUCUGUUGUAGAAGCAGAUAACGCUAAGUAUGAGCUAGAUCAAGGAAUAGGUGAUUUUGAUGAGUUCAUUGGUGAACAACUUGAUGAAUCCAAAUAUAGCCAAGAGGGCCGUGGCGGUGGCCAAGGAGGGCAAAAGGGCGGUGGCCAAGGAGGGCAAAAGGGCGGUGGCCAAGGAGGGCAAAAGGGCGGUGGCCAAGGAGGGCAAAAGGGCGGUGGCCAAGGAGGGCAAAAGGGCGGUGGCCAAGGAGGGCAAAAGGGCGGUGGCCAAGGAGGGCAAAAGGGCGGUGGCCAAGGAGGGCAAAAGGGCGGUGGCCAAGGAGGGCAAAAGGGCGGUGGCCAAGGAGGGCAAAAGGGCGGUGGCCAAGGAGGGCAAAAGGGCGGUGGCGGUGGUGGCCAAAAGGGCGGUGGCGGUGGUGGCCAAAAGGGCGGUGGCGGUGGUGGCCAAGGAGGGCAAAAGGGCGGUGGUGGUGGUGGCCGCCGUGGAGGCGGCGGAAUGAAAGAAGCCUACAACUAG